CAAGGGGAGCGGGCGGCAGUGAGUAGGCGGCGGCCGGCCGGGCCGGGCCAUUCGGGCAGCGGCUGCUCGGGCAGGUCCGGGCAGGGCCGGGCGGGAAGCAGGCAGCAGAUCCGGGACCCCGCUCCGGAGCCCGAGCGAGGACUCCGAGGCCGCGGCCCCGCCUCCUCCCCGCCCCGCGCCCGCCGCUAGCGGGUCGCUCCCCAAGCUCCAAGCCGCGCCGGCUGGGCCGCGCCGGAAUCAUAGCCGCAGCCGUAGCUGGAAGCCGGCCCGAGCCGGGUCCAAGGGUGAAGCCCAGUCCCGGCGGCGCCCGGAGCCGGGCCCGAGCCCCGCGCGGCUCAUGGCGGGGCCGCGGGUCGCGCUGCUGGCUUGGUGCCGCCGCCAGUGCGAGGGCUACCGCGGCGUGGACAUCCGCGACCUGAGCAGCUCCUUCCGGGACGGCCUGGCUUUCUGCGCCAUCCUGCACCGGCACCGGCCCGACCUGCUAGAGUUUGAUUCACUUUCCAAGGACAAUGUCUUCGAGAAUAACCGUUUGGCCUUUGAAGUGGCUGAGAAGGAGCUGGGAAUCCCUGCUCUCCUGGACCCCAGUGACAUGGUCUCCAUGAGUGUCCCUGACUGCCUCAGCAUCAUGACCUACGUGUCCCAAUAUUACAACCACUUCGCCAGCCCUGGCCAAGCCGGGGUCUCAUCACCCAGAAAGGGCCUGGCAGCAUCCUCCCCGCCAUCCAAAGCACCCACUCCCGCGGAACCAGGAGACAGGGCUCAGGGCGAUGAGUGCUCCUCGGGCAGCCUGUCAGAGCAGGGCGCCCACCGGACCCCCAGCAGCACGUGUGCGGCCUGCCAGCAGCACGUGCACCUGGUGCAGCGUUACCUGGCCGACGGCAAGCUGUACCACCGGCACUGCUUCCGGUGUCAGCGGUGCUCCAGCACCCUGCUCCCCGGAGCUUACAGGAGUGGGCCAGAGGAGGGCACCUUCGUGUGUGCGGAGCACUGCGCCAGGCUGGGCCCUGGUGGGCGGUCAGGGGCCAGGCCCACACUCCCCCCACAGCCAAAGCAGCAGCAACUUACAGAAGAAGCCAAGGAUGUGGAGAGAGGUGGCCCCAGCCCUAAUGCGGCUGCAGGGCCCGAGGUGGACGUAUCCAAGGCCAGCCCUGAGGGCCGACCCCAGAUCCCCACCAAGCCCCAGGUUCCCGGCAAACCACAGGAGCUGGCCAGCACCCCGGGCAGCCGCCCCACACCUGCCCCCAGGAAGGCCUCUGAGAGCACAGCCCUGACGCUCCCCACGCCCCGGCCCCGGUCCAGCCUGCAGCAGGAGAACUUGGUGGAGCAGGGAGGCGGCAGCGGCCUGGUGAAUGGGAAGCUGCAUGAACCCCCCAUCCCCAAGCCCAGAGGGACACCCAAGCUGUCAGAGAGGACACCAGCCCCCAGGAAAGACCCCCCAUGGAUCACACUGGUGCAGGCAGAGCCGAAGAAGAAGCCAGCCCCCCUGCCCCCGAGCAGCAGCCCUGGGCCGCCGCCCCCGGGCCGGGACAGCGGGCAGGUGGAGAACGGAGGUGUGCAUGAGGUGGCUGGCCCGGAGCCCAAGCCCUACAACCCCUUCGAGGAGGAGCAGGAAGAGCCCCCAGCUGCACCCCGUGCAGCCACCGGCCCUGCCCCGACUCACCCGGAGUCCACACCCAAGUCCCUGCACCCCUGGUACGGCAUCACCCCCACGAGCAGCCCCAGGACAAAGAAGCGCCCCGCCCCCCGAGCACCCAGUGCAUCCCCCCUUGCUCUCCACACCUCCCGCCUGUCACACUCGGAGCCACCGUCAGCCACCCCGUCGCCAGCCCUCAGCGUGGAAAGCCUGCCGUCCGAGAGCUCCGGCCAGCCCCCAAGUGGGGAGCUUCUGGGCCCACCAGUCGUGCCCAAGAGCUCCUCAGAGCCUGCUGUCCAUGCCCCGGGCAGCCCUGGCACCUCGGCCAGCCUCUCCGCCAACUCCUCCCUGUCCUCCUCUGGGGAGCUGGUGCAGCCCAGUGUGGCCCGGACACCUCAAGCCAGGCCUGGCCUUGCCCCCAAUACUAGGGGCAGCCCAGGUCCCCCUCCAGCCAAGCCCUGCAGUGGCGCUGCUCCCACCCCUCUCGUGCUGGUUGGAGACAAGAGCCCUGCGCCUUCCCCUGGAACCUCAUCCCCACAGCUCCAGGUAAAGUCUUCCUGCAAGGAGAAUCCUUUUAACCGGAAGGCAUCACCCACAGCGUCCCCAACCGUAAAGAAGGCCACCAAGGGCUCCAAGCCAGCGAGACCGCCUGCCCCAGGACACGGCUUUCCGCUCAUCAAACGCAAGGUUCAGGCUGACCAGUACAUCCCCGAGGAGGACAUCCAUGGGGAGAUGGACACCAUCGAGCGUCAGCUGGAUACCCUGGAACACCGUGGGGUCCUGCUGGAGGAGAAGCUGCGUGGUGGAGUGGACGAGGGCCGUGAGGAUGACAUGCUGGUGGACUGGUUCAAGCUCAUCCACGAGAAGCAUCUGCUGGUUCGGCGGGAGUCCGAGCUCAUCUAUGUCUUCAAGCAGCAGAACCUGGAGCAACGCCAGGCCGACGUGGAGUAUGAGCUCCGGUGCCUUCUCAACAAGCCGGAAAAGGACUGGACAGAAGAGGACCGGGUCCGAGAGAAGGUGCUGAUGCAGGAGCUUGUGACCCUCAUCGAGCAGCGCAACGCCAUCGUCAACUGCCUAGAUGAGGACCGGCAGAGGGAGGAAGAGGAAGAUAAGAUGUUGGAAGCCAUGAUCAAGAAGAAAGAGUUCCAGAAGGAGGCUGAACCCGAGGGCAAGAAGAAGGGGAAGUUCAAGACCAUGAAGGUGCUGAAGCUGCUAGGAAACAAGCGUGACACCAAGAGCAAGUCCCCGGGAGACAAGAGCUAACAGUGCGGGCUGCCAGCUGGGGACUCCACCGCUCCUGGCUCGGCCCCGGGCUGUGCUCUGCCAGGGACGCAGGAUCAGUCGAGGGGAAAGAUGACUUAAGGGGAGGGAGCCUCUGGGUGAUGGCCUCUCCCUCCUCAGGGUCCUCUGGCUCGUCUGGGCCAAAGAGUUUUCUUCCCUCUCCUCUGAGCCACCGGCAGCUGCGCCUCAGCCCUGCCCAGCCUGGCUGUGAUGACCCCAGAUGCUGGGACUGACCCAGGGAGCGAGCCGGCUCCUGGGUCCGGGGAGCGGCCGCAGCCGAGCACACCCGCCCUCGUCCCACCCAGCACCUGGCCUGCCGUGCCGGGCAGCUCCUCGGUCCUCUUCCCUUCUGUGCCACGUGCAGAGGGGAGCCUUACCUGUCAGAGUCUCUGGGUCUUCCUGCCCACGAGGUGGGCCCGGGGUGGACCUCUGGCCUGGGUCUCCCACCUCGGCCCUGGUUCUGAGUCUCUGUCUUCCUUUCGGUGCAGGCGGCCCUGACUCUCUUUCUCCUCACUCAGGACCUCUAUUUAUGAAGUCUCUUAAUUAAGUUCGAGGUAGUUACUGUGUCCUCAGACACGAAUGGGCCUGGACAGAUCCCUCCCUGUGUUGCUCAGAGUUCUAGGAGCUUCCCUCGUCUCCCCUCAUUCUGUAGGAGGUCUCUCUGUCCAGGACACCGUGCCGGGGUGGGUGGGAGCCAAGGGCUGGGCCCCCGCGGGGAGGGUCCCGGGGACGCAGGCCCCAGCUGCGGUUCUGGCCCCGCCCUUCGGCCAGGUCAGCAGCAGGCGGGGCUGCUGCCGUAGGUGCUACCCCUGGUCCUUUACCACACUGCGGCCCGGCCCCUCCUUUAGGCUCUCCCUGCCACCCCAGGGCUGGGGCGCAGUGGACCCACUCCGGGUGGUCAUCGCCAGCCUGUCUUCUCACACUCGUCUGUUGUCUGUUCUCUCCCGACUUGUUGCUGCCGAAGGACUCAUGGUCGCUCGGCCCCUGGGAUGGCUGUGGGAGCGGAGGAGCCGAUGGGGGCCACCACCUUCCCCCCACAGAGUGUGCCCAGCAGCUCUUGGUCAAAGCACUGUUGCUGUAAGCUAUUUCCGGGGUGCCUCUAGGGCCCCCUUCCCUCAGCCCACCUAUGGGGAGAGGUUGUACUGUAUUAAUUUGAGAGGGUUUUCCUCCCCGACAAUAAAUGGAGACCACCUCAGUCGCCAGUGCCCUGCAGCCUCGAGGCGCCUUCCCCUCGCCAGGCCUGCCUUCUUCCCUGCCUCUGCCAGGCCUUGAGGCCGGCGUCUCUGCUUGCCCAGGAGGGCGUGGAGGGGCUGUCCACCGCUGGGGGCCCUGGCCCUCACUGCCUGCCCCCCGGGCAGGACCCCUUCCUCUGCAGGACAGGUGGCUCCCGCGCCUGUGCAGCCCGCGGCCGCCUCCUUCCUGACAUGCCUGUUGACCUGCAGCUGGGGUCACCAACUCCAGCGGCAGGUGACGCACGUGAACCGGGCUGGGUGUGUCUUGAGGGACGGCCCCGACACCCGGGUGGUGGGGACUGGGGUGAAUGGGGGUGGAUACGCCGCAACUAGAGGGGAAGUUCUUCCUCAUUUAAGUCAACUGUAGCCUGUGGGAUGUGGGCCCAGUGGGGCCAGAUCUUUCCAUUUUUCAAGAGAAACUGGAAAUCCA